CCCCGCCCCGCGCGCCCCCGCGGCCCGCGCGCGCCCCCGGCGGCGGCGGCGGGUCCAGGAUUCCGUAUUUGGGACUUUCUGUUUAACCAUGUUUGCCAGUCUGGAAUCACCUGAAGUCCUGUUGCACACCCCACAAUACUGAAGUUGUGAAAUUUGUUUUGAUCAACUGGAAUACUUCUCAAGUCACGUGCAGCACAAUUCUGCCAGGAACCCCCUUCUGUUUGUCCUGGUGGAGGAACAGCUUGGCCACUGCCAUGGCCACCAUUUUCAGCCUCACACAGUUGGACUCACAGAGCCCAAUACUGGGUCACCAGCAUCACCUUGACGUCUGACAGGCUCCCAUUGUUGGAAACAAUGGUUUUGGAUGAUCUGCCUCACUUGAAAGAUACAUAUGCCUCCUUGUACUCCUCAGCUAUGGAAGACUUAGAGGUGGAUUUUGAUUCAGGACUGGAGGAAGAUGAACUGAAACAGGAGGCUGCUCCUGGGGAUUCCACAAUCUUUGUGGCUUUUAAAGGAAAUAUAAGUGACAGAGACUUUGAGCAGAAGCUGGAUACCAUACUGGAGAAUGUGCCUGGUCUUUUACACAUGGAAUCCAACAAGUUAAAAGUGCAGAAGAUAGAGCCUUGGAACAGCGUCCGUGUCACCUUCAACAUCCCCCGGGAAGCUGCCGAGCGGCUGCGGAUCCUGGCUCAGAACAACAACCAGCAGCUCCGAGACCUGGGCAUUCUCUCCGUUCAGAUUGAAGGGGAAGGUGCCAUCAACUUGGCUUUAGGCCAGAGCAGGAGCCAGGAUGUGCGGAUCAACGGGCCCCUGGGAGCGAGCACCGCCAUGCGCAUGGACACGGGAUUCCCCAUGCAGGGGGGGCAAGGUUUAAUAAGAAUGAGCAAUGCUGCAGCUGUCAUGAUGUCCCAGGGUGGAAAUGUGCCCUCCUCUAUGGUGGCAAGUGGUGCUAGUGCUGAGCUGCAGCCACGAACACCUCGGCCUUCCUCACAGCCAGAUGCAAUGGACCCACUCUUAUCUGGGCUAAAUAUGCAGCAACAAAAUCAUCCAUCUGGAUCUUUAGCUCCUCAGCUCCAUUCAAUGCAGUCAGUUCCUGUAAACAGGCAGAUGAACUCAGCCAACUUUCAGCAGCUCCAGCAGCAGCAGCAGUUGCAGAAUCGGCCUCCCCAGCCACAUCAGCAGCCACCGCAGGGUAUUCGACCUUCAUUCACUUCACCAGCACAAGUUCCAGUUCCCCCUGGCUGGAACCAGCUUCCUUCUGGAGCACUCCAGCCUCCUCCAAGCCAGGGAGCACUGGGUACACUAACAGUGAACCAGGGCUGGAAAAAGGCCCCCUUGCCUGGACAAAUGCAGCAGCAGCUUCAAGCAAGACCAUCUCUAGCAACAGUACAAACUCCUACCCAUCCUCCACCUCCAUAUCCUUUUGGAAGCCAGCAAGCUUCUCAGGCUCACUCAAACUUUCCCCAGAUGAGCAAUCCUGGCCAGUUUACUGCUCCUCAAAUGAAAAGCCUUCAGGGAGGGCCCUCACGAGUUCCUACCCCACUACAACAGCCCCACCUGACCAAUAAGUCUCCUGCUUCUUCACCCUCCUCCUUCCAGCAGGGCUCCCCUGCCUCAUCUCCCACCGUUAACCAGACACAGCAGCAGCUGGGACCAAGGCCUGCCCAGAGCAGCACUCUUCCCCAGGGCUUCCAGCAGCCUGUCAGCUCUCCCAGUCGUAAUCCUAUGGUGCAGCAGGGGAAUGUACCCCCCAACUUCAUGGUGAUGCAGCAGCAAAACCAAGGUCCACAAGGUUUACACCCUGGUUUAGGAGGAAUGCCCAAGCGGCUGCCCCCGGGGUUCCCUGCAGGCCAGGCUAACCAGAACUUCCUGCAGGGCCAGGUGCCCUCCACAGCUCCAGGAACGCCAGGGAACAGCGGAGCACCGCAGCUGCCAGCCAGCCAGAGCGUGCAGCACUCAGGUGGCCAAGGAUCUGGACCUCCUCAAACUCAGAUGCAAGCAGCACAUGGCCCACCAAAUAUGAUGCAGACCAAUCUAAUGGGACUUCAUGGAAAUAUGAACAACCAGCAGGCUGGUGCUAGUGGGGUGCCACAAGUUAACAUGGGCAAUAUGCAGGGACAGCCUCAGCAAGGACCACAGUCCCAGCUUAUGGGGAUGCAUCAGCAAAUCGUGUCCUCUCAAGGACAGAUGGUGAACAUUCAGGCUCAGGGAUCACUGAACCCUCAAAACCAGAUGAUACUUUCUCGAACUCAGCUCAUGCCGCAAGGCCAAAUGAUGGUGACGCCCCAAAACCAAAAUCUUGGUCCCUCUCCCCAGAGGAUGACCCCACCCAAACAGAUGAUUCCCCAGCAGGGACAGCAGAUGAUGUCCACACACAAUCAGAUGAUGGGACCUCAGGGCCAGGUCUUGCUACAGCAAAACUCAAUGAUGGAGCAGAUGAUGACCACUCAGAUGCAAGGGAAUAAACAGCCUUUUAGUACUCAAAACCAGUCCAACGUUAUGUCGGGGCCAGCUCAACUGAUGAGAGGACCAACCCCAAACAUGCAAGGAAACAUGGUGCAGUUCACUGGGCAGAUGAUGGCACAGCAGGGCCCUGUGAAUGGGAAUCCUUCUCAGGUGAUGGGAAUUCAAGGGCAAGUUUUAAGACCCACUGGACCCAGUCCUCACAUCUCUCAGCAACUUGGGGAUACUGCAACCACAACAAACAACGAUGGGAACUUGACACAGAUGUUACCUGAGGUUCCUGUGCAGCAGCCAAACAUGGUGCCUUCUCAUAUGCAAGGAAUGCAAGGAAACAGCAAUGCUUCAGGGAGUCAUUUCUCUGGCCAUGGGCUGCCUUUCAACACAGGGUUUAGUGGAACUCCCAAUGGGAAUCAGGUUUCCUGUGGGCAGAACCCUGUGUUUCCUGUCAAUAAAGAUGUGACGCUCACGAGUCCGCUCUUGGUUAACCUACUCCAGAGCGAUAUCUCAGCAGGGCACUUUGGUGUGAACAACAAACAGAAUAACCAGAAUGCCAACAAACCAAAGAAGAAGAAGCCUCCAAGGAAGAAGAAAAGUAAUCAACAGCUAGAACAAACAACUUCUUCAGAAUCACGUCCAGCUGGCCUGGAGGAGAGUGAUCAGUCAUCGAUGUCUGGAGACCAAGGAAUGAGUUUAGAGAAGUCAGGCCCUAAACUCUCUGAUUUUGCAAGUAGGCCACCAGGUUACCCAUCUCAGCCAGUGGAGCAAAGGCCACUUCAGCAGAUGCCCCCUCAGCUCAUGGCACACACGCAGCAGCCCCAGCCCCAGCCCCAGCAGCAGCAGCCCCAGGCAGCCCCGCAGCAAGGCCAGGCUCCCCCCCAGACACCACAGCAGCAGCAGAUGAUGAUGAUGCUGAUGAUGCAGCAGGAUCCCAAAUCAGUCAGGCUGCCUGUGCCCCAGGGGGUUCACCCCCCCCGGGGGCCCCUGAACCCGGAUGCCCAGCGGAUGCCAAUGCAGCAGAGCGGGAACAUGCCAGUGAUGGUGAACCUCCAGGGGCCUGGGCCCGUGCCUCCCUCUCCUGACAAACAGAGGAUGGCCCUGCCAGGCAACCCUCCUCUGGGAAAUAAUGCAAGAAAAAUGGUUUAUCCAGAUAAUGUACAGAACCCUUCCAGCUCGCCCCUCAGAGAGGUGUCAGCAGUAUCCUCUCUUCCAGAAGGAGCUGCAGCUGAGGGCCCUCCAACAUCAGGAGCUCAGAAUAAUGUGACAUCUCAUUUAGUAGUUUCACAGAACCAGUUAAUGAUGACAGGACCCAAGCCUGGACCAUCCCCACUUUCAGCUGCCCAAGGUGCAAGUCCCCAGCAGCAGUCUAGUUCUCUGUCUAGUGCUCUUACACACCAUUUUCCAAAUGUUGCUGCCCCAUCACAAACAUCAAGGCCUAAAACCCCAAACAGAGCGAGCCCACGGCCAUAUUACCCUCAGACUCCUAAUAACCGUCCCCCCAGCACAGAGCCCUCAGAAAUCAGCCUGUCUCCAGAGAGGCUCAAUGCCUCUAUUGCUGGUCUGUUCCCUCCCCAGAUCAAUAUUCCUUUACCUCCCAGGCCUAAUCUCAAUAGAGGAUUUGAUCAGCAGGGUCUGAAUCCCACUACUUUAAAGGCCAUUGGACAAGCCCCAUCAAAUCUCACAAUUAACAAUCAGUCCAGUUUUACUGCCUCACAGUCACACAAGUUGGAAGGUGUGGUCAUUAAUUCGGGCAAACAAACCAACGCUGGAGGAACAAAGAGAGCAAGCCCGAGCAAUAGUCGAAGGUCCAGUCCAGGAUCCAGUAGGAAAACUACACCAAGCCCUGGCAGACAGAAUUCAAAAGCAGCUAAAUUAUCAUUGACAACUCAGCAGAAUCCAUCUCUCUUGCAGAACAUGGAACUACAGAGAAAUAUGAUGGCUAGUCCCUCUUCUUUGCCGACACCUGUGACCACAAGUUUUCAAAAUAACUCCAUGCUAACUAACCAGAAUCCCACAGUUUCUGUACCUGCUGUGACUGGCAUUCCUGAAGACAAUAAAGAGAGCCUUAGCGUGCCUCAAGAUACCGAGAGUCAAAGUGUACAAGGUGCCCUAGGUAGCAAGGACCAGCCCAGUAUGGAAUUGAAAGGCGCCCCUACUCCAGAAAUGAAAGUGCUGGCUCCUGAGGAACAGGCAAAAAAAGAUGGGCAAGCCCUAGACAGCAGUAAGCUCCCAGUCAUGGAGGAAAGUAAAGCCAUGGUAUCUCCAGCCAUGAGGGAGGCACCAACUUCUUUAAGCCAACUUCUUGACAAUUCUGGAGCUCCUAAUGUGACCAUUAAGCCUCCUGGGCUGACUGGUCUUGAAAUGGCACCAAUAGUCCCCACUGGUGAGGAGCUAAAGAAGAUAGCUGUCAUUUCUCCACUGCAGGAUUCAUCCUUGAGCAAGGAGCCAUCUAAUUCACUUAGCCUGCCUCAAAAUAAUGAGCCCUGUCCAAAUCCAGGGCACCAGGAACUGGGAGAAGUAAGUGCAAGUGUGGCACAGAGUGUUCCUCCAGUCAUGCAGAGGCCUGUUAGCUCUUCUAUUUCAGGUCCUUUACCUCCCAACCAGAUAACCGUUUUUGUGACUUCCAACCCUAUUACAUCUGCUGCUAAUACAUCAGCUCCAUUGCCAUCCCACUUGCAAUCUGCGUUAGUGUCCACUGUUGUCACCAUGCCCAACGUGGGGAGCAAAGUGAUGGUGUCCGAGGGACAGUCGGCAGCUCAGUCCAACGCCCGGCCGCAGUUCAUCACCCCUGUGUUUAUAAACUCAUCCUCAAUCAUCCAAGUGAUGAAGGGCUCUCAGUCCAGCACGAUUCCAGCAGCCCCCAUGACAUCUAACUCGAGUCUGAUGCCUCAGUCGGUGGCGGUUGUUGGUCCUUUGCAUAUCCCACAGAAUAUCAAGUUUUCCUCCGGGCCCACUCCUCCCAGCACCUCAUCCAGCAGUCCUGUGUCCAGUAUUCCCACCAGCAGGUCACUCGUUCUGAAUCCCUUGGCAUCUCCUGUCCAGCUGCCUUCUUCUGCUCCUGCUCCUUGCAGUGCUUCUUCACAGCUUCCUGCUCAGCAAGCCAAGGACUUGAGCCCGGAGGAGCCUUCCCAAGGGACAGGGUCGGGUGAGCAGUGCCCUGUGCCGGCAGCCCAGCCGGGACCUGUAGUUUCCUCUCUGCUCACAAGCAGCCCGGGCUCUGGGAAUAGACGCAGUCCUGUUUCAUCCAGCAAGGGGAAGGGAAAGGUAGACAAGAUUGGCCAGCUCCUGCUGACUAAAGCCUGCAAGAAGGUCACUGGCUCCCUGGAGAAAGGAGAAGAGCAGUACGCUUUGGAUGGAGAAACAGAAGGUCCGGGACUAGAAACGCCCGUCCCAAACAGUUUGGGAACAGAGCAAGCCCCAGCAGAACUCGAUAACAAAAGCGGGACCCCUCCAGCAGGCAGCGUAACAAAACAGAGCACUUCUGGGCCCAGCCCCUCGAGCCUCAGCCCCGCGGCGGCCGCUCCCUCCUGCGCGUCCCCGGGCGCGCCCCCGAGCACUCCCGGCCCCGGCGCGCUCCCGCCGCCCCCCGCUCCGGCCGGAGCCGCCCCGGCAGCCCCGGAGCCCGCGGGGCCCGGUGCCAACGGCGGCAGCCCCGGCGGGGGCCCGGAGCCGAGCGGCGGCGCCGCGGCCGAGGAGAAGCCCGCAGCACCCCCGGAGCUGCUGCCGAGCGCAGCAUCCUCUCAACAUUUAACACAGAAAAAAAGUUCAGUUGCAACAGCAGAAAGUACUGUUCAAAGAACAGAACUUGAGACAAAUGCUGCAGUAGUUGCUGGUCAAAGUAAUGAGACAAAAGAGAAUUGUGAAAAGUCUAAAACUCCAAGUAGAAGAAAUUCAAGAACAGAGGAUUCUGCCGCUUCACAGGAAUCUGUAGAGAAUGGGCAGCGCAAGAGAUCCUCGCGACCCGCGUCGGCGUCCGGCACAGCUAAAGAAACGAGUGCCAGUGCAAUGCAGUCAAAAAGAAGAAAAUCCAAGUAAAUUACUGCAUGGAAACAUGAGACUUGUAAAUGAGUGUGAAUUUACCAAUAGCAAUUUUGAGCUGUGAUUUUUCUUUUUUAAAUAAAAUUCUGUACAGUAAGUAAUUUUAAUAUUAUACUGUUGCAAAUAAAUGAUUUUUUUUCUAAAAAACAGAUAAAUAGAUAUAAAAACUGGGUUCUUCUAAAACCCCUGGAUUUGCAAAGUGAAGUCAGGGUUAGCACAUUAGGGUAAUGUGUUUGUAUGAAAUGGAAGGGAAGGAGAAGACAAUUGUAAAUUUAUUUGUUUCCACUUUUCAUAAACAAUUUAGAAUACAGGGUUGUCAUUUUUAGGUAUUAAAAUAAUGUAAUGUGCUGUUGUUUAAGUACUGUAUGUGAAUAGCAGUCAGAGGGUUUAUAAAGAAACCCCAUGUUGUUUGGAAAUGUAAAUAAUUUUAUUAUAUAGUAGAUCUGAUGUAUUUGUUGUAGAAAUGGACCAGUGAAACAAAAAAAAAAUUUAAGGGUUUGUUUAAUGUGGAAUCCCUCAUGCUCUAAAUAAACGUUAUUGUCCUAUA